GGUCUGUUAGUCAUGGCGCGAAUACUGCGCUGCCUGAACGUUUCCAGGGUAUCUGGACUGUUGCUUCGCAGUUGCAUUUUCUACGGCACUAUUUUCGGAGUGAUUACCUUUAGAAUUGAGAGGAAAAAGGACCUCGACUCCCGUCUGGUUGCCAUUAAGCUCCGGGGUAACUUGUGGAUCUGCCUGGGUAUCCGACUUUUGACCAGUGUUUUUUAUGGCUAUACCUACGAUAUAUGGGCAGACCAAUAUACCGAUUUCUAUCUUCGUGCCUUUUUUGCUCUCCGGCUGUUGGGAUGUCUGCUCUGCAGUGUCAUUAUCCUGGUGCUGCAGUUUUGGUUUGGAGAGGAGCUACUUAUCCUGGUCAAUCGGUUUCGUUUUUGGCGACUGCGAAAGCUGACAAAUUCCCAUAGGAUUGGAUUCGGUGACAAGAAUGAGUUCGCUUUGUUGUCCCUGAAAGUUGUCUCCCUACUUUUCGUAUUCUUGGCUUUUCGGUUUAUGUUCUCACCCUGGUUUCUGCUCACUAUAUUGUGUGAUUUAUACACCUCGAUUGGCACUGGAAUGAUAAUGCAUAUGUGCUUUCUUGGCUACCUCAGCAUUGGUGUCCUUUACAAGGACUUGAACAACUAUGUGGACUGCCAGUUGAGGGCACAAUUGAGUUGUCUGAAUGAAGAUGACAUUGGUUCGAAUACCCAGCCCACUCGCGAAGCCUUCUCGAAUUUGAACAAGUGUUUAAGAAUUUACGAGGAAAUUCAUCAGGUGUCACAAAGAUUCCAGCGGCUGUUUAAUCUGCCACUUUUUCUCACAUUGGCACAAAGUCUUUUGGCCAUGGCCAUGGUUUCCUAUCACGCCAUUCUGCGGAGGAAAUACGUCUUCAACCUCUGGGGCUUGGUUAUCAAAUUACUCAUAGAUGUGGUGCUGCUGACCAUGUCCGUGCAUUCGGCUGUUAGUGGUUCUCGAUUGGUGAAGCGUCUAAGUCUGGAGAAUUUCUACGUGACUGAAAACAAUAGGCACCACCAAAAGUUGGAGCUCUUCCUGGGCCGCCUUCACCACCAGGAGUUGCAAGUGUGUCCUCUGGGCCUUUUCGAGGUCUCCAACGAGCUGACUCUGUUCUUUCUCUCGGCAAUGGUCACCUAUCUGACCUUUCUGGUACAGUACGGCAUGCAGUCGCAGCAAAUUUGA